AUGGCUCCGAGACUUCCACCAGCCAAGCUGCAUCUCAUCCGCGACAUGAUAGAGAGCCAGUCACUUGGCACAUCUAAAAUGGCUGAAGAAGCAGAAUGCAGCCAGGCUACGAUUAUAAAUAUUCGCGCAAACUUGCGGCAAUUUGGAAGUGUGCAUGCACCCCCAACUCGAAUAGGACGGAAACGGACUGUAACACCACUGAUGAUCGAAGCCCUCUGCGAACACCUGUCUGAAAAGCCCGGAUUAUACCUCGAUGAGAUGGCUGUUUUCCUCUGGGAUGAAUUCCGCACCCUAGUCACAACCUCCAGCAUCAGACGAGCCCUUGUUGCCAACGGUUGGUCUAAAAAGAGCACUCGGCAGCAAGCGAGGGAGCGGAAUGCCGAUUUGCGAGAAUGGUACCUGCAUAAUUUAUCGGAUUUUCAGUCGUAUCAGCUGGUUUACGUAGAUGAAUCCGGAUGUGAUAAAAGGGUUGGGUUCAGGCGCACAGGCUGGUCACCACUUGGUGUGUCCCCUAUGCAAGUAUCACAAUUUCACCGCGACCAGCGAUAUCAGAUACUGCCUGCGUAUUCCCAGGAUGGAAUCGUUUUCUCGCGUAUCUUCCGCGGGUCCACAGAUGCCACCGUGUUCGAGGACUUCAUAGCGCAGCUUCUUCAGCACUGCGGAAGAUGGCCCGAACCUAAAUCCGUUCUGGUUAUGGACAACGCCUCGUUUCAUCACUCAGAGCGAAUAACACAGAUGUGUGUGGAUGCAGGGGUAAAAUUGGUCUAUCUGCCACCCUACUCGCCGGACUUGAAUCCGAUUGAAGAGUUUUUCGCUGAGCUCAAAGCCUUUAUUAAACGCAACUGGGGCUAUUAUGAAGUAGACCCCGAUCAAGGCUUUGAUGCCUUUCUUGGGUGGUGUAUUGAUGUGGUCGGUGCAAAAGAAGAGAGUGCUAGAGGUCAUUUUCGGCACGCAGGCUUGAAAAUCGAAGAGGCCUCAGAAAAUUGCUAG